UUGAUACUGGAAAGCUCUAAAGCAGAAGUCAGUAACAGGAAAUGGACUGGACCAAGUUCUCUCUUCCUCUCGUGCCAACUGCUCCUGCACAAGCCUAUGACUCAAUACCAAACACAACAUUCAUGACAAUCACAAUCAACGAUCCUACUUACGAAUCACCGAGAAACUCGUGGAGUUUAAUUGUGCCGGUGGUGGCCUCUGCCUCGAAGUCAGGAAACACAUCUCCGAGCAGCAGUCCCGGCAUAUUCAGUGUGAGCAGUGGAGGUGCGCUUGUGUUCAGCAGCUGCUCGGAUGAUACCAAGAGAGAUGAGGAAGAGGCGGGGGAAACUUUCCUGUGAACAGCUUUUCUAUUUACAGAAGCACCAGUUCAAUGGGGAUGGAUAUAACGCACCAACGCGCCUUUUACGCACCGGCGCACUUUUACGCACAUGCCUAAUUUCCAACCAUGCACUUUAAUUUAUUGGCAAAGAUGCAUCAUUGACACUUUUCUCCACCUGCAUAUGUUGUUUAUAAUUUCAGCAUAAAUCGGGGCAUCAUCAACUUUUAAUUCAUGUUAAUAGGAGGAGGAUACGACAGUGGUCCAGUUCUGACCCGGUCACAUUCCACCUCCUGACUGUCCAGUUGGCCGGAUGUUUUUUCAUGUGACCAGCAGGAUUAAAGUGUUUACUGGCCACAGGUGCUCCCUGGAGAAGGGCGGAUACAUUUGCGAGGGACGCGCCAUCAAACCAAAAUGUCCUCACCGACGUCCAGACGGAACAGUUGCCGUGGGAGCCGCCGGAUCUCCAGCUGUUCUUACGUCCCCUCUGGCUCUCCAACAGAGAACUUCACCGUUAGUUUAAAUCAGCCGAUAUUCGCCAUAACGCUGCGUUUUUUGCUGGCAAUAGAUCUGUGGCUGUCCAAGCGGCUCGGCGUGUGCGCCUGCGAGGAGUCCCCGUGGGGCAGCAUACGGCCCCUGGUGCGCCUGCUGGAGUUCUCCGGACAUGUUCUCCCGUGGCUCAUCGGCACCCUGUACACUCUGCUCCGGGGAGAGACGGCGGCAGAGCAGGAGAUCAUGCUGAAUUUGGCCCUGGCUCUGUUGUUGGACCUGCUGCUGGUCAGAGUUGUGAAGACUCUGGUGAGACGUCGAAGGCCCGCACAGAACCGCUCGGACAUCCUCUCCACCUUCUUCGAGGAGCGUUACUCGUUCCCCUCGGGCCACGCAACGCGGGCGGCCAUGUGUGCUCGGUUCUUCCUGGCCCAGCUGGUGGACACAGCCUCCAUGCGAGUGCUGGUCGUGGGCUGGGCCUUCCUGGUGAGCCUGUCCCGGCUGCUGCUCGCCAGACACUAUGUGACAGAUGUGGGCUUUGGCCUGGCCAUGGGUUACUGUCAGUACAGCUUGGUAGAAAGGCUGUGGGUGACCUGGGAAUGCCUUCAGGACGUGCUGCUCAUGCAACUGCGAGAGACACUCAACAGGGCUUAUGGUGGUCUCUGGAUGGCUGCUUGGAAACAUUAGUUUUGGUGCAGUUGUGUGAUGUGUCAACUUAUAAUAUGGGAUGUGUAGCACGAGUCUGUGUACAUGAAAAACUGAAUUGAAUUGUAUCAAAAUGACUCCAGUAUUUCUAUUCUAUUGUGUAUUAUCUUAAGAAUUAGGUGGAAAUAUUAAAAUUGAUGCUGUGGGCUGUCACUGGCAAGUUGUUCAUGCAUACAUGCUAUUGUUUGCACCACAAACCUGGUGACCUAAUCACAGCCUGAAACCAAAGCUAACUUUAACUAAACCCUUUUUUAAAUAUUAAAAUCAAAUUAAUAUAAGUUGUAGGUGUAGUUGUGUGUCUUACUGAGACAGCGUGGGAGUUUCAGGAUGUGUGGUGUAACUGUCGCAUGUAACUGCUGUCUGACAAUGGCACAGUGCUCCCUGACACACUGCUUCAUGGCGGGUGUGUGGUUUUGUUCUCGGCGACAACACACUGUGGGUAAUUUCUAUUUGUGUGACCGCUGGUAGGGGGGGAAGCCAACUCACACUUACCUCAGUUUCCGUCAGCUGCCACCCUGUCUCCUGACUGUCAUUAUUAUUGUAAUACAUCCCAUCUCGUCUUACACAGUUGAUGAACAUACCAAUCGCAAUUUUGA